AUGGAAAUUAAAUUCUACGAUAGCAAAGUACCAGUCAAAAGUAUGGUUUUUAGUCCCUUAAACGAACAUAUUGUUUUAAUAAUUACGAGAGAGAUGAAAUGGAUUAUUUUAAACGUAGAAGAAGAUUCAAUUACUAAAGUAAGUGAAAGUUUAAACAAAAAUGUUAAAUGCAGUGCAGGAUAUUGGUUCCAUGACUCUCCAACGACGAUAAUUACAUCAGAUCCUGAAAUGCCUGUCUUAUACAUGUGGUCAAUUGCCAGUGGUGAAAUAUUUAAGACAAUAUCAUUGGCUGGAACCAAAGUUUCAAGUCUAAUCGGCUGUGACGAGAAAUCAAUUCGAAUUUAUUAUUUGAAUGGUUCUGUUUCCGUUUAUAAUUUCACCAGUGAAGUUGAAACCACAAUUAUAAGUGCUGGCCAUACGGAUAGUAUUUUAUCAGGAAAAUUCAUGCCACAUAACGGUAACAUAUUAUCAACAGUUUCUGUUGAUGGAAGACAUUGUUUUUGGUCGAUUCCUACGAUGAAAUUAAAUGACACAAUGGUCUUGAAAUGCGAUGACUUUAAACGUGUCUAUUGUGUUGAAUACUCUCCAGGAGGUGGCUACAUUGUUACAGGACAUGACAAUGGAUAUAUCUCUGUUUAUUCAACAGAAACAAGACAAUUGUUGAUCAAAGAGAAACUCCAUAAUGGAACAGUUUUAUCUGUUUCUUGGUGUAAAACUGAGCCAAAUUUAAUUGCUUCUAUUUCAUCAGACGCGUCAUGUAUAAUAUACGAUAUAGAGAAACGUAAAAUAGAUACUCCAAUAGAAGCAAAACAACCUUUGCAAAGAAUCCAAUGGUCUCCUUUUUCAACUUUAUUCGGAAUUGCUUGCAAAGAUGGUAAUUUAUAUAUUAGAUUCACAGGAGCGAGAUACACUGUUAUUAAUAUAGGAAAAAGUCCAUUAAGAGAUAUACAAUGGUCAUUGUUUGAUCCUAAAAUAAUUGCUGCUGCAAAUGAAGAUGGAGAAAUAGCAAUUUGCGAUGUAGAAAUGAGAACAUUUAAGAAAUUCCAAGCGCAUAAAGGUCAUUGUUAUUCAUUGGCUUGGUCACCUUCAUUGCAAGAUGUUUUGAUAAGUGCUGGAAGAGAUGGUUUCAUUCGAAUUUGGAAUGCAAAAACAAUGUUUCAAAUUUCGAAUAUUUGUGCGCAUAUUUCAUCCGUUUUUUGUAUUGUUAUGCACCAAGAUCAUCCAUUUUUAGUUGCCACAAUGUCUAAAAAUACAACAGUUGGUCUUUGGUCAAUAGAAGAUUGUUUUCCUGAAUUGAUGAAAAAUGUUUUGUCAAAUUCUGACAAAAAAUUAAUUUGUCAAAAAAUUUCAAUAAAAGAAGGCUCCGAAAACAUGGAAAAGCUUGUUCAUAGAGUGCUCAAAGAUGGAAUCAAAACAACAUUUAAUGACAAAGAUAUUGUUCAUUUGAAUGACAUAAGUAUUAUAAUGAAAACAAAAGCAGAAAAUUUGUUGAAAAAUAUUCCAUUGGAUAUGAAAGUUUUGGAACGAGCAAAGAACUCAAAAAGCAAAGUUAUCUCUGCAGCAGAACUUUAUCUUAAGAUGGGAAACCAUAAGAAGUACUGCGAACUUAUGUUUGUUUGUGGUGAAUUCGAUAAAGUUCUUGCUGCAGCUCCUUAUGUUUCAUAUAAUUUUUGGAAAUCAUUGAUGGAAAGUCGAGCAAAAAUUGAUGAAAAGAAUUCUUUCAUUUAUAAUAUAAUUGCUGGAGAAGCAAAUUCUGCUAUUGAUGAUUUAGCAAAUAUGAAAGAUUUCGAUGGAGCUUUCUUAGUUCUUUCUGCAUUGCAAAAUAAAAAGAUCCAAAAGCCAGAAUCAAUUUCUGUUUUCAAAGAAAGCGUCACUGAAAAAAUUCCAUUUUACAGUGAUUACAACGAUAUCUCGCAGAUCUUUGAUGGAUAUGAGAUCAUCACAAACAAGAUCAAAGACUACAAGAAGAAAGGAAAAAUUUUCUUUGCUGCUGCUCUUUAUCUUGCUUUUGGAGAUUAUAUUUCCGCGUGUUGGUUAUUGUCUUAUUCCGGAGAAAGUCUUUGGGCUGUUGAGAUUGCCAAAAAAUUCAAUUAUAAUGAAGAUGGAUUCUGGCUCUUUCACUGUACAAGAAUGAUUUCUCAAGGAAUUAUUGAUGAAGCUUUUGACUUGGCUUCAUUAAAAGUCAAGAAAAUUUUGAUGUUGAUGUUGAAAAGUGAGCAACUUGAUCAAAACUUUUAUGCAAAACAUGGCUUGCAAAAUCAGGAAUAUUACUUGUUACAAGCACAGCAUAACAAGAGUGAUAUAAAAGCUCUAUUGUAUAUAAUUGGAGGAAGAACAGAAGAUGGAAUUUCGAUGUUAACAAACAAAAUUCAAAAAAUUUUGAGUGAAAAAAUAUUUGAUUUCGUUGAAUUCGAAAAACUUAUUGAAAUUCUUGAAAGAGUUCCAACUCCAACACCUUUAAUCAUUGCUUUAUCAUACUACAAAGCUAUAUAUAAAGCUUUGUGGCUUGGUUUCAUUGUAAUUAUUCCUGGUUUGAUACAAUGUUUCCUUGAAGAAGUCAAUGAUUCAAAUUUGGAAUUUUUGAAGUGCAGAGUCGAAGAAGUCGGACGCAUUUCUAGUUUGUGCACGAGAAGAGUCACAUCAACUAACAUAAGACUUCGUAAUAUUAAACAAGUGCAUAGCAAAGAACCAAUCACAUUUGAUGGAGGAAGAACAGUGAAUGCAUAUUCAGGUGGUUUUCCUAAUAUUGAUGCUGAAAUGGACCUUGUUUCAAUAUUUAAUACGAGACCAACUGAAUCAUUUUUCUUCCUUGAAGAUAAAACUUCUUUUAUGCUGAAGACAGAAGCCUUGAAAUGGUUCUCUGUUACACCUUUCUCUCCUGUUAGAUCCCAUCAGAGAUUUUAUCCAUUUUAA